AUGUUGUCGGAUUGCUCACCGCGGGUUGGGUUCAGACAAGAAGUGGUCGACAAUGGAAAACCGGCUCGCCAGCUGGUUACUCAGCUUUAUGUUGCCGAGCAGCUGGCGGGCUUCUCCAGCGCGGCGAUCAGGAGUUGCCUACCUGUCGUGAGAGGUGUGGUUAUUACCGUAGGAAUGCGUGUCGGCUCUGACUAUCAGGCAUUGGUUCCCGAAAUGGUCUCUUCAUUGCCGGCGCCCGAUCACGAGCCCGAACGGGCGGUACUGUUUUUGGCCGAGCGGUCGACCAAUGAGUCGAAAUACAACGGCUCGUCGACCGCCCGAAGAGGUCGCGCCGCUAGUCCUCAACGGAUGGACAGCACUCUCCACACCAAUAAUGGCAUCCAUUCAACCGAUGACAGCAACAACAGCGACGACUCUGACCACGGAAUGCGUGUCGGCUCUGACUAUCAGGCAUUGGUUCCCGAAAUGGUCUCUUCAUUGCCGGCGCCCGAUCACGAGCCCGAACGGGCGGUACUGGUCUGGUCUCCUUGUAAUGACAUUCCCGAGACUAAACUGGACGAUUACUUGAAUUUGUCGAAAGAGAAGUACAGCUAUAACAGCGAACAGGCGUUAGGGAUGUUGUGUUGGCAUAAAUUCAAUUUGGAGAAAGCGAUGGCAGAUCUGCCGAACUUCACGCCCUUUCCCGACGAGUGGACCGUUGAGGACAAAGUCCUCUUCGAACAGGCCUUUCAGUUCCACGACAAACACUUCCAUAAAAUAAGACAAAUGUUGCCCGACAAAUCAAUUGCCAGUUUAGUUAAGUAUUACUACUCGUGGAAGAAGACUCGGAGCCGAACGAGUCUAAUGGACAGACAGGCAAAGAAGUUGACCUCUCAUAAGGAAGAUGGAAGUGAUGUCGGAUCGGAUGGCGCUUCUGAUAAUGAGAGCGAAAGUGGAAACGGAGCCAAAGAAUCACUGGUGCAGAACUCGAGAGAUGGAAAGCCCAUGUGUUCCAACUGUUUCACCACAUCAAGCGGUCAGUUCCACAACACUAACAAAGGAGUUCUCUGUCGGACCUGUUAUUCCUAUUGGCGCCGAACCGGAGCCAUGAAGAACACCACAAACCAUAAGAAACACGAAUCCGCUUCCAAUCGACACAAUAUACAACUAAAGCCACGCAAACCUCCGCGAGGAAUGUAUUUAAGUAACGAAGACUUGACAGCCAUCGCCAACGGACCGGCCGGACAGGGAGACGCCAUUCUCAAGAGUCUCGACUCCGAAGUAAUCACUUUGAAACGAAACGUUCAAAACAACAAACAAAUGAUUAGUCAAUUGAAACAUAAGAUUUCCGACGGAAUCGAAGCGUUCAGAACUAAUGAAACCACAACACGUAUUAACAGCCGCUGGACUAACGAUGAGCUCUUACUGGGCGUUCAGGGCGUCCGUAAAUACGGCAAGGAUUUUAAGGCCAUCGCAGAAGUGAUUGGAAACAAGAGCGAAGCUCACGUCCGCACCUUCUAUGCUAACCAUCAAAAGAGAUUCAAUUUAACGGCAGUUCUCAAGGAAUUCGAGAACGAGAACGGAGUCGUUGAAGACGAAGAGAACAAAGACAAAGAGGACAGCCAAACCAAUUCGGCGCCAAUCGAGAGGUCGACUUCUCCGCUCACAUCCACUAACGGUGGCCUUCAGUCGACAUCGAGUGUGGGCUCAGCGCCGCCUCCUUUGCGACCAAUUCUCUCAACCAAUACAUCGAUUGGUUCCAAAUCAGAAAAGUCAAGUUUACUGCCCCGACAGCCCCCGCCUCCUCUCACCUCCACCUCUAACUCCCGAUCCAAUAAAUCAUAAAUGAAUACUAUUAUUGUUUGAAAUUCUAAAUUAAACAGUUUUUUGCACGAAAUACUAAAUACAUUGCAAUACCUGUAAUUUGAAUCCUAAAUAAUUUUAAUAAUAAAAUAUAUAUAACUUUCUA